GUUGCGCUAUUUGCCAAAUACUUCUCGGGAAAUUUCUGUAAGUUUGUGUUUCUGUUGCUUGUUAUUUUGUUUUUGCCUGUUAUGUUUUUUAUUCGGUUUAUUUCUCUCCGAGUUUACUUUGUCAUUGUUAUUUAUUUUAGUCAAACUUGUUCAGCAACCAGAAUAAAUAAAUAUAAUUAUUUUAAUUUCGCGUUUUUGAGCGAGACAUGAUUUAUCUCCUAGGAGAACCCCUUCGCUCUGGUGAAAAGCAUUCAGGGAAAGUGGUGACUAUUUUAGAUUGGUAGGACUAGCUUGUGCUACGCACAAGUUCAUCGUGCGCAGAAUGUACGAGUUCAUCUAGAGGGAGGGGUCGAUUCUUCCCCAAAAAUCUUGAAUUUAAUAAAAUUCACGCUCUCUUUCUCCGUAUGAUAUCGAAGAGAGAAAUCCCAUAAAUGCUGAACUGUAGGUGGGUUAUAACCCAUGUAUUACAUACUAUCCAAGUGGAUUCUGAAGUAAUGUGAUUAAAUCAAAAAUUGUGACAUACUGGGCUCCUUUCGGUAAGGAGUUUUCCAUAAUAAGCGUUGUUAUCCUGUUCUCUUCUCUUUCCAGGAUGGAUGUACCUUUACGAAAACCGUACUGCGUUCUGUUACUCUGCAUGGUGCUGAUAUUCGUACCAUGCGAAACUAAUGGUAAUCCACUAUCCCCCAACCUGUUAGAUGCCAUAUCAAAAAUUAUAGAAAGGUAUGAGAAAGGAGAGCUAACGGCAACAACCUCCAUUCAUUAUUUUGUGGACCAAAAUAACGUGGAAACCUUGUUUCUUCCUGGGAUUAUCAUCUGGGAUCCAUUACUACAGUACUUUCAUGGAAGCUUACCUUGUCCUCACUGUGGCCAAAUACUGAAACCUAGAUGUUGGAAAGAUGGGAAAGAUUGGAAACACAACAGUCCCAGGCGGCUUGCAGAUAUAGAACAUUAUGUUCUGCUCGUAAGCAGGGUGUACGCAUGCAAAAAUGACCACAGGAUAAUCAGUCAUGACCCUCAAAUUCUGAAGAUGUUUGAACAGGUUGAACUGAUCCCAUUCCUUCUUUUGCACAAGUAUGGUAUUACUCGACGUUUAUACAGAUUAAUUAUCGUUCAUACUGCGUCUGGAAUGAGGUACAGGGAUGUGGAAACACUUUUAACUGAGAUGUGGCGUAGUUAUCACACCGAGGUACGCAUUCGGACAUCAAAAAUAUUAAGUAUGAGAACGUCAGAGGGUGAAGCAGCAAACGACGCGAGUCACAAUGCAUAUACAAUGCCGCAGGUUUCACAGUUAAACCCUAACAGGAAGCUUAUUCGCCAAUGCUUUGUUUACGAUUAUUUUACAAAAGAAAAACUUUAUAAUGCACGCAUGGCAUCGUUUACUGGCAGUUGGCUCUCCUCUGACCACACAUUUAAGGUCGCUAGUAAUGUCGGUAUAUGGCAAAAUGGCCAUUGGAUUCGUCAGUUUGACUCUUUGUUUUCUGUCGUGAACGAGGAUGGCAUUGUCCUCGCUUGGCAAUUAACAAGAGGCACUGGUUUUGCAAGAGUAAAGACUUUACUCGUUGGAAUUAUGAACAGGCUUGUAAAAAGCGGAAUUACCUUAGAGGGAUUUUCCAUUGACAACUGUUGCGCCUGGAGGUUACUCCUUCAAGGGGUGUUUGGAGUUAUUCCGGUUAAACUUGAUCUCUUUCAUGCUGUACAACGCAUCGCAAGUAAAAUUAAAAAAAGGCACCCGUUAAGAAGACAGUGCCUCGAUUCAUUUCGUUUAGUUUUCCGAAUGCCGGGCGAUAUUGGGAAAGAACGGAAGAAGUCGACGCCCUCUCGCUCAGUAAUGUUGACAAAUUUAGACAGAUUUGUGGAAAACUGGGAGAAUCUUGAAGUUGCAGGAGAGAAGGUACUUUCAAAAAAUGCCCGUAACCAAUUGGACAAGUUAAGAGCACAUAUUGAGAAAGGUUGCUUGGAAGGGAUCCCUCCAAAAGCAGGAACAAGUAGACAGGAAUCGAUGCAUAAAAGCCUCCGGAAAGGCGUAGAAAAAAGGAGAAUUGGUGUUAAAACAGCAGUGGCAAGCAUAGGUACGUGCCUAUACAGGUGGAACGAAAGGCGAAUAUCAGAAAAGGUAGGAUCGUGUCAUUCGGCAGUUCCUGUCCCAGUCACCGAGUACCAUGACUUGUCGAUGGAUCAAGAAGAAGUAUUUGGUACCGGAGUGUUUCAAAAUCCAAACAGUUUUAGCGACGAUGACUUGGAAGAUGGCGCGGAAGUCAAUGCUAGAGAAAAUGAUUCAACAGGGGAUAGCAGUAGCGAGGAAGAGGAAUAUGGGACUGAUAACGACAACAAUGUGAAGAUCACGACAGAAGACACGUAUCAUAGAGUUCUGGAGUAUGCUAUGUAUAUGAAGAGCCUAUCGCAAGAUUUGCAAGCGAAAUGUGAUGCACCUACAAUGAAAGUAAAUGUGACUCAGUGUGUUGGACGGAGCCUUCUAUUAUUUUCAUCACGUACACGUUACUCCAGGCCAGACGCGGAAGAAUGCGACGAGAGGUUAAACAGCAUUUUAAAUGCAUUUCAAUUCCAACAGUUGCCGAUGCCCGGAGAUGGAGACUGUUUUCUACGUUGCAUUUCCAUCACUUUAAGCUCUUUUCUAACAAUAAAUCAAGGGAACUCAAAACUGAUCACGUACUUGAAAUCGAUCGGUAUCAGCACGGAAAGGUCUAACGAGGAUAAAAUAAACGUUCUCAGACAGUUGAUUGUGCAAGAAUUCACGGGGCCCAAUCGGCACCUUUACGAAGCAUUUAUGAUAACAAACACCACUGAUUCAUAUGAUACAGAAGCUCAGAAGUUCCUUAGGCCAGGCCAUUAUGAUUCUGAAUUAGGAAACUGUGUGCCAAUGGCAAUGAGUAAUAUCCUGCAAAUACCGCUGGUUAUUUUUACAUCGAUGGAAAAUUAUCCCAUUACACAAAUAAUUCCUAGAACAAGAGUGCUUUCCGAAGUUCCGAUAUACCUCGCAUAUAAUCAUGGUGGCAGCGGACACUAUAAUUUGGCAGUUGAAGUAACUCACACGCAGUCAAAUUCAACUACAACUGAAGCAACCAGCAAAGAGGCAGACAAGCAUUUGCAAGUUGAGGCCGACGUUCCCCCUCAACAUGAGGCAGGGUGCUCGUGUGGUCGCGGAAACCCAGGGAAGACAGGGAAAAGUGAAUUCUGCAAACAAUAUAAGUCACGCUGUCCUUGUUUUCGUAAUCUGCGAGGCUGCAAUGAAAAGUGUUCCUGCCGUUUGUGCGCGAAUCCGUUUGGUAGAAAAACUCAAGAAAAAGGGAUCUUUGGUCCGCUACCAAGAAAGAGACAAAAACAAGAUCUUCAGAAAGAUAUGAAGCAGACAGACAAAGGAUAUAUGGAAAAGAAAACAGAAGAACCCAUCGGUACAAUUUGGUUUGAAGACGAACUGUAUGUCAUUGAAGCGUUGUUCUUGUACUUGUUAGUUACAAGCCAAGAUAUUACCCCGGACAGGGUCUUUGCAGAGUACCACAAGAUAAUAGAAUUCUGCUCAGAAGUGACAAUUUAUCAAAAUGUCUUUUCUCUGCGUCCAAGAUCCUCGUCAGCAAUAACAAAGAAACUACAAGAAAUAAAAGGCAAGUUAAAGGUUGACGAGGAAUUAUUCAAAAAACAAAUCCAAUACAACUGGUUUUUUGACUAAAUCGAAACAUGGAAAAACGUUAACAAUUUAUGACAACCUUUGGUACAAUUGAUAUUAGUUACAAUGUGAAUACAGGCAAAGGGCGAGACUUGUAAUGUCCAUGGCUAUACUACGCGUUUUUUAAUCGCAUUUUAAGGGUCGCAUGUUAGGCGUUCGAUUUACGUCUUUCCCGGCCCUAACACUAUGACCUAAUUUCAUUUCUUCAAUAACCUCGUGUUCCUCGCAUUUUACAGUUCUGUUCUCCAAAUAAAAUUGUCGUCAAGCAAAUUGGCUUCUUUUUUACAUCCUUUUUUAUUUCAUAACAAUUUUUCCUAAGAACGAAUAAAUCAUGUCCUCUUCUAGUAAAGCGAGAAGAGGACAUGAUUUUCUGUUUAAAGUUUAAUGAUUGAAGUCAUUUGAUUAAAUUUUCAAAAAGGAAGUUACCUUCUGAUGGUCCUCAUUUGCUGACCUUUUAACAGUCUGUACUAUUCACCAAGCUUAGGUAAAGUAGCCCUUCACGAUUUUGUUACAUGUCUGGCCGCACAGGCUACCUCUAAAGACGUGGCUUUGAGCACUCAAAUAUUAAAUGAACUGAAAGGACGUUGAACACUU